ACGGUACAGUAUCCGAUUGAAUAAGCGCCAACGCGGUUGUUAGUUUAGUACACAACUUUACGAGAACUUAAGAAUACUUUCGCUUUCGCGAUUUGUGAUCUACUUAUUUGUGUUCUAUCCGUGCCAGAAAAAAUGGUUUCCCGAGUUGCUGCUACCCUGCUGCUUGCGCUGACUAUGUUUGGAUCCAGCGCGCUUGCCCGACCCGGAUAUGCUGUGGAUUAUUAUGAUCACCCCAAGUAUGCCUUCAACUAUGGAGUGGCAGACCACAGCACCGGUGACGUCAAAUCGCAACACGAAACACGGGACGGAGAUGUUGUUAAAGGUCAAUACUCGCUUGUGGAACCGGACGGUUCCGUCCGCACCGUAGACUACACGGCUGAUCCAAUCAAUGGAUUCAACGCCGUUGUGUCGAAAACCGCCCCUCUUAUUCAUCAUCCCGCCCCAGUGGUGAAACAUGUUCCAAUUGUGAAGCACGUCGUUCCAGCGCCACUCCCGGUACACAAGGUGGUCUACGCUCCCGAGCCAGUCGUUCACGUAACGAAGACUGCGCAUUACGCCGAGCACGAGCCCACCUACCCGCACUACGGUGAUUACCACGACGGAUACUACGGCCACUACGACGAUAGCCAUUAUUACUAAAUCCAUCAGCACCAGAAGAAGAAGGCCAUCGGCCAACAUUGCCAGUAAAUCAGACGACCCAACUCGGCUUCGUUCGUCCAUCGGUAGUCUAAAGGAGCCCAUCUCACUCUCCCCUCCCGUGGAAAUCGCGUCUAUUGUUUUAGCUUAAGGCCAAGGUCAUCGUCCGAUCUUGCCCGUUGGCUCGUAUGUGAACCGCUAAGUGCAACCCAACUAGUAUUAAGCUCGAUGUUAAUGAGUACUCAUGCGAAUAGGUUAGGUGUCGCUCUUUUACGCUCUCUAGUUGUAUGGUAGGUACUGUGUGAUCUAUGUUCUCACUGGGCGAUCAUUGCAUUGAAUCGCAGUCAUUGCUAUACAAAUUUCUCUAAAUUAGGCGCAAAGUACAUCUUGAUAUUUUCGCCUAAUCAUCACUUAUUACUGGCAUUUUUUGCCUUGACUAUACUUUUCUGUCUUUGUACGACUUAUACUGACUACUAUUUCCAUCUAUGCAGUUCUACGAUCAUUUCAUUUCUCUGAUGUACUCUCUUUUACAACUGUUUGUUAAGAAUUCUACUAUUACGACAAAUAAUAGAUGUAAGUCCGAGAAAGUUAUUUUGAAAUAAAACAAUAUAUAUUCUAUA